AUUAUCGAAAUAUUGGCAUAAAAUAGGGCCUGCUUUUGUCCGCGUUCGAUAGGAAAAGGGUGCACCGAUCGCAGCGUUUCUGCCUCCGCUGGAGUUUGCGGUUUUCGGGCCGAGUGUGCUGCGUGGAAAUGAAUUGAUAAGCAGUGAUUUGGCGGCUGGUGACGCAAAAGGGGGUGCGCCGACCUGCACUCGCGGACGUAGGAAAAUUCUUCUUGUUUAUGCACAGAAAUACAUUGGAUGAAUCUCUUCGUGCGCAGAGCAAACUAAACGACCGUUGUGCGGGAUUUGGUAGCCAGUGCCCUUAAAACCCAGCAAUACACGGACGAAGAGGAAAAGCUAGUAGCGAGCGGAUCGCAGCCUUCGAUGCACAAUGGCGUCCUUCGAUGUUUACGAUAGGACGAGCUGGUACUUUGGUCCAAUGUCCCGCCAGGAAGCAACGGACCUGCUGAUGAACGAGCGCGAAAGUGGGGUGUUUCUGGUGCGCGACAGCACCACCAUCGUCGGUGAUUUUGUGCUGUGCGUGCGGGAAGAUUCUAAAGUUAGCCACUACAUAAUCAAUAAGUUACCAUCCGGCGAGGAGUGCUUCGUGUAUCGGAUCGGCGAUCAAACGUUCGGCGAUCUGCCCAAUCUGCUGUCGUUCUACAAACUGCACUAUCUCGACACGACGCCGCUGCGGCGACCGAUGAUUCGCCGGCAGGAGAAGGUAAUAGGCAAGUUCGACUUCGAUGGCAGCGAUCCGGAUGACUUGCCGUUCAAAAAGGGCGAAAUCCUGCACAUCAUCAGCAAGGACGAAGAGCAGUGGUGGACUGCCCGCAACGGGCAGGGUCAAACUGGCCAAAUUCCGGUACCGUACGUGACGCGCUAUGAGGAAAACAUUAUCGAAAGGCCCGGCUCCGGAGGUGGCGGCGGCGGUGGACCACCCGGGCAUCACCAUCCGGCCGGCGGUAUGCAUCACUCGGAGAACUCGAAUAUUUUCAAAUCAAACCUUAACCGACAGUUGCCGGCCCUGGCUCGCGUCAAGCAGGAGCGCGUGCCGAACGCAUACGACGAAACUGCGCUCAAGCUGAGCGUCGGAGACGUUAUAAAGGUGCUAAAGACGAACAUCAAUGGCCAGUGGGAGGGCGAGUUGAAAGGAAAGAUUGGCCAUUUCCCGUUCACUCACGUCGAGUUUAUCGACGAGUGAAGCGAAUAGCACGUACCGGCGACGGCAGGUUACGCUUUUACCUCCUAAGUUGUAGAGUUGUCGCACAAUUUGCACUGGAACGCGUGGGAACACACCCACUCGGUCUCCUCGCGUUUGCAUCACAACCCCGGGGGGCAGUGCGCUUUUCCUCUUUUCCGUUCGUACGCCGCUGCUUUCGAUUAUUUAAUUGUACAGGCUAUAUUUUUAGAAAGUGUAAACUUCUUCCGUGUUUAUCGAUGUACGUGUACGUUCCGAGUCAUUGUCCAUAAGUGAUUUUAAAUACGUUAUGUUAUAAGUCGUUUAUUUUUCUAGUGCACAGGUCGGACACGGGGACUAAGUAGAAUGGCUCUAAGAGGGAACGGCAAGGGAAAGGGAUGGGAAGUAAUCCCGUGGCACCAUUUGAAGCGUAUGAUUAGUUGUAGGUAUUUUAUAUAGCGGAGAUGUUUGUUCAUCACCCAAUAGGAGACGUCACCUAGAACCGAGAGGAGAGAAUACAGUAUAUCUGUAUUAUACAGUAUAUCUAUCGGGGCGGAUGAAGACUAAGAAAGUUAAACAAAGGAAAACAUCCUUGAGUAAGGACGACAGGUGGUGUACAGGAGGCGAGGAGGGGUGCCAAAAAGUGCCGCACAUGACGCUCUCAGGCUCACGACACACUCACGAUCAUGACAGGAAUAGGAGAGACGACCAUAGUUUAGGUGUAGUUAUGUUGCAACCCGGUGUACCCUACCAUUAUGGGCACCACGUUUGACUCAGCGCCUGGCUCAGAUAGGAGGGAAAGGGCGAGUCCAUCGAACUAAGAACCAUCCGUUAGAGCGACGAUAUUCGAGAAGAAGGAAAGGAUUAGUUUCGUUCAUAGCUUUUUUAUACCGACCAAGCGCAGAAAGAAGAAACGAAAGGAUAAUAAUAAGUAUAGUAGUGUGACAGAAGUAGCGACACAACGUCCAUCCUUUCUUUUGGCAACUGUUCCCACCAGCACCACCAUUUAACUCUCACGACGUAACGGCAAACACAAUCAUCUUCGCAGGGCAGUAGUGAUCGGUUUCUAUUGUUUUCCGAUAUAUUUCCACAGACAAACAAGGCGCGUGGAGCAUCGCAGUAGGUUUUGAAUGGAUUACCUUCGAAUGAGCGAUGACCCGAGCGUUGGCUCCUUCGAUCUUUCGAGUGAACGUGGCGCGGUCUCGAUGUGUGAAUUUCGUUUUCCACUGUUCUCUGCCCCGACGAAAUAGUCAACGAAUGUUUCCGGUAGUCUAGAAACGAAAGGAAAGAAAUAAUACAAAAUUUACAUGUGGAAACCACAACCGAGAGCAGAGAGUGAGAAAACUUAUAGACUAUAAAACGAUCGUACACAUGGCUGGUGACAAACAUAAUUGUAACGGAAAAAGAAAUCGAAGCAAUUUAUUUUUAUAUGUUAGAGACGGCACGUGGACAUGAAGGGUACGAUCACGGAAGAACACGAACGGAAGCGAGCAAGCAGGCGCGAUAAUAACGAUUAAAGAUUUCUAUCGAGAGUAUGGCACUGAAUCCGGACGCACGACUCUGUCCCCGUUACAGUUAAACGGAAACGUUCGAAAUACACGUAAACACAAGUACGGCAAACCAGCGUAAUCGUAACAUAAGAUCGCACAUCUCCAGCAAGCCAAAUACGCCAGAGCAAGAAAAUAGAAUACGUGUCAAUAUGUGCAAUAAGAAGCGGUUUUUGCAAUGAGGUCGGCUUUUUUCGUUGAACUAGUGGCAUAUUACUGGAAACGGAGGCGGCGCAAGUCGGCGCCUGUAGUACCGCGUGGAAAUAGAUAGAGUAUACACCAAACCAAUGUAGAAGAGUUGUACCAAUAGUAGUCCCGCGACUCGAUAUUAACAAUCGCAACAGAACCUAUUUACUACGACAGCAAACCCAUAGAUAAGCGAAAGGUAAACCAAGCUAUUAUUAAUAGAGUUGCAAACACAAGUCACAGCAGCAGCAGCGUGUGUUAUGUUAAUGGUAUUUAUAAUCCAACCACCAGCAACUAGCUUCGAGUGCGACAAAAGCAAGGACCGAUCCGUAGUAUCCCACUGAGACCGGUCGAUCGACGGAUCGACGAUCGUUGGCGAAGUGGACACCAUUUGGAAUAUCUCAGCGCACCGCUUGGGCGGGCUCGAUAAAUGGACCCCGGUGGCAGCGAUUGCCAGGAAGGGGCGCGACAACGAGUACUGCUAUCAACAUUCUAGAACGGAACAUGUAUUUGUAUAAAAAAGA